AUGGAGUCAAUCAAGUCUAAUAUCUACUCAGUUAUCAAUUAUUUUCACAAAGACGAUCGUUACAAUCGAAUAACUUUUGGUCUUGACAGAAACAUUUAUAUGAAGAAUCUUAUACGUUGGAGAUAUGCUGAUGUUCUCCUUUUAGGAGUAUUAUUUGUGAUAUUUUUGUUCACUAACUGGAUACCUCCAUUUCAAAGACAAUUCUAUAUAAAUGAUCUUACCAUAUCCCAUCCAUUUGCUGAAGUUGAAAGAGUUUCGAAUGCUGCUUUAUUCUUUUAUUCUACUUGGGUUCCAACCAUUACCAUUGCAGCAAUUGGUUUAAUAUUCACAAAACCUGAGAACAAAAUUUAUGUAACAUUCAUUUCCUUAUUAGGACUUUUCAUUUCCGUUUUCACCACAAGUGUGGUGACAGAUAUAUUGAAGAACUUCAUCGGAAGACAUAGACCUGACUUUUUAGCUAGAUGUUUACCUAAACCUGAUGCUCCCACAGAUAUUUUAGUUUACGCCAAAGAUGUUUGUACUACUGAUAAUAUUGAUAGAUUAAUGGAUGGGUUCCGUACCACUCCGUCAGGACAUUCAUCUAUCAGUUUUGCAGGGUUAGGAUACCUUUCAUUAUGGUUAAGUGGUCAAUUAAUUGUAAAACAUUAUCAGCUGGGUGCUUGGAGAUCAAUUGUUUGUAUGAUACCAGCUUUUGGUGCUGCAUUAAUUGCAUUAAGUAGAACCGAGGAUUACAGACAUCACUUCAUAGAUGUUAUAAUUGGAUCAGUUAUAGGGAUGAAUAUUGCUGUUUGGUCAUAUUUCAGAUAUUUCCCAUCAUUAAAAGUUGCUAAAAGUUUCGAACCUAAAAUCAUUCUCGCCGAAGAAGAAUCACCUGAUUUUGCUUAUGAGAACAUCGAUACUACACAAGAAGAAGUUUAG